AUGCAGGACACCGUGUCGAUGCGCCCGUCCUUCUGCACUUGGGUCGACGGCUCGCGCAUGCACUUCUUUGCCGUCUUCGACGGCCACGGCGGCCCCGUGGUGUCGGUGGUACUGAGGGACCACAUGCACGCGAUCCUCGUGGACGAGAUGAGCCGCGCGGCCGCAGCCUACCGGAAGAAGCAGCAGCAAGACGAAGAGGCGGAGCUGUGCGCGUGGAAGGGCGCGCUGAGAAGGAGCUUCGCGCGGGCGGACGAGCUGGCGGCGUCGGGGGUGCCGGCGGGCAGCAUCAUGGGGUCCACGGCGGUGGUGGCGCUCGUGGUCCGCGGCCGCAUCCUCGUGGCCAACUGCGGCGACUCCCGCGCCGUGCUCUGCCGCGCUGGCCGCGCCGUCCCGCUCUCCCAUGACCACAAGCUGGCACGGCCGGACGAGCUGGCGGCGCCCGGCGUGCAGGGGAUCCUUACCAGGUCGCGAGCUUUAGCUCUACAUGCGUCGUGUUAUGUCACAAGCAAACAAGGCUCCUUCCUGGCUUUGUCAGCUACUGCCUACUGCUCAAUGCCUCUGUUGGCAUUGGCCGUUAAUUCGUUCUUACAAAAUAUUUUUUUUGGCAGCCCAACGACGCGCUUCGUCAACGAUGACAGUGAUAAGUCUGGUGCUACAACGUUUCCUUGUCUUGUGAGCAUAGAACAUGGAGAGGCUCGUGCUGCAAAUGACGGGAGGCAAGGGCACACAUUCCUCAAUCCUCAAAUGACAUGUGAGCCUGAUAUUACCAUAACUGCAAGGUCGGACGACGAUGACUGCCUGAUCCUCGCGAGCAACGGGCUGUGGGAUGUGAUCUCAAACCAGAAGGCAUGCAACGUCACUAAGGAGUGCCUGGAAGACAAGAGCAAGGGCGUGAAUGCAUCAGUAGGAAAGGAGGAAGAGGUUCGGUGUGUCUGUGCUGCUAUCCGCCUAACAAAUCUUGCCAUCAACGAGCAUAGCCUCGAUGACAUCAGUGUGGUCGUGCUUGAUCUGAAGGUGAGGUGUUAG